GCUCAGUACCACGCGAGGUAUCCAAGCCGCAGUGAAACCCUCCAUGCUAGUGAACCCCACCACAGUGACAGGAGGGAAGCUGGCUGUGGCCACUGUUCCCAAGCCCCGCGUGCAUUAGAGCCGCCUUGGCUUUCUGGCUGGAAGAUGAUUCCUGCAGCAGGAACAGGUUGCUGAUGAUGAACAGCAGAGUCGUUGGAAGAUGCCUUCCUUGAGGAUUACACGUGGAGCAAGGCCAUCAGUCAAGGGGAGAGCUGGCUGGUGAAACUGUCUGACUUUCCCCCACCGGGGAAGUGGCUUCAAUGGCUCCAUCUCCCAGGAGAAGCAGUAGGAAAGAUGCCAGCGCCUUGCCAAGCAUGUCCUCAACUUUCUGGGCUAUCAUGAUCCUGGCUAGUCUUCUAAUCGCUUACUGCAGUCAACUGGCUGCAGGUACAUGUGAGAUUGUUACUUUGGACAGAGAUAGCAGUCAGCCCCGAAGGACUAUAGCCCGACAAACAGCUCGCUGUGCAUGUAAAAAAGGACAGAUUGCCGGCACAACAAGAGCAAGGCCAGCGUGUGUUGAUGCACGAAUUAUCAAAACAAAACAGUGGUGUGAAAUGCUUCCGUGUUUAGAAGGAGAAGGCUGUGAUUUGCUAAUCAAUAAAUCAGGCUGGACCUGUACACAACCAGGAGGACGGAUAAAGACAACCACGGUCUCCUGACAAAUGCAGCAACACAGAAUCCUCGUAGGAGUGGUUUAGGCUCUCUGUGAGCUACUUAACUUAGUCAAGUUUCACUGCUGUUGAUCAUCAUCUGUUAUAUGUCAUCAACUCAACUGUCUGUUUCUCUGUAUCUCAUGAAUGACAGCAUAAUUCCUCUGCAUUAUGAGCUAAAGUUUGUUCUACCAUUCUAAGGAUCACUGGACUAAGGAAUAUAGAAAAAGAGAUAUGCUUGGGCAUUAGCAAUACAAAAAAGUUCAUGGUUAACGUUUCAUCUGCGUUAUACACCACUGCUGGACUUGCUGUUACCUACAUGUUUCAAUCCGAAGAGUCUGCUACAAUGAAGAGUAUCAUCCCAAUCAGCCUUAGAGAAGACUGUUUUGCCUAUGGGAGGACACUGAGGUGCAAAAGAGAAACUCUUCUUGUGCCCUAAACUGUCUGAAUUGCUUUUAUUUUCUUAUACUUUCAGUAUUUACAAUAGACCAAAGAGCAAAAUCUAUUUUAAAGUGGACACAAUCUUACUCUUAAGAGAGUUAUGUCAUUAAAUUGAAGGAGGUCUCUACAAAGACAUGAUUCCAGCUUUCACAAAG